AUGGAUGUCGAUAAUGAAAUAGAUCAAACGUUACUACAUCAAUUCAGUUGCAUGGGGACCACUGAUAAGGAUGAUUUAGUUAAACAAUUACAGGCCAUAGUAGGUCAUCAAAUUAAUUCGAAUACAGCAGCAUUCUUUUUAGAAAUGAACAAUUGGAAUCUUCAAGCAGCUGUUGGAUCAUAUUUUGAUAUCAAUAGUUCACAUAAGUUGCCUUCAAUGAUAUUAACUAAGGAUGUAGCUGUCGCAAAGGGAGAUGGUAUCUCACCCAAUACAAAAUUUAUCAAAUCAUGGUAUAUACAAAAUAAUGGAAAUGAAUUAUGGCCUGCUGGCUGUUAUUUACAAUUCACUGGUGGGGUGUGUAUGUCUCAUCAGGAAAAAAUACCUGUAGUGCCUAUAGCUCCUGGUUGUUGCACUUGUCUUAGUAUUGAAAUGAUAAGUCCAUCCGAACCUGGUAUAUAUCAAAGUAAAUGGAGAAUGUGUACUAGUUCUGGUAGUUAUUUCGGAGAUGUUAUUUGGGUUAUUCUGACUGUAGUAGAUAAUAAUGAAUUAGAAGGAUUAACACAACAGCUUUCACAUUUGAGUGAUCUUGGUUCUCCGCCAAGAACACAAGGUUCACAAAUAAAUCCUUUCAACUCAUUCGAAUCAUUUUUACCCGUAAGUUUUCUUUAA